AUGCUAUUCCAAUCUCAUCAUGGAAUACUCAUUGCCAUGUGUGUCACACAUCUUGCUUCAGGACAACAAACAACCAAAACAAUUCAAUGUAUAGGUGGAUUUUCUGUGGAUAAAACUGCAGCAAAGUGCAACGAUAAGGAUUUCUUACAAUAUAACUGCCCAUUGGCUCAGUGCGGAAAAGAUGGCCAUCUUUGGGUGCCACUUUCAGGUUGCUUACACAACGGAGUGCUUGGCUCUGGCAUAAGUAAUCAACAAUGUUCAAGUUAUAGUAUGAACAAAAAAGAUGGAUACACAUGUAGGAAUACAGGGGGUGAGUGGUAUUCUUGUCCUUACAAGGCCGAUAAUGUUCCCUUCAUCACCUGUUCAAAAUGUACCGCGUCAAAACCAACGGCGCCUCAGCCAAGAAAUUGA